UUGAAGUUGAACCUUCCAUUUUCCCCUUUUCUGUAUUCCCGACUCUCCAAUAAAAUCCAACCUUACCAGCUCAAUACUAUUACAAUAAUAAUCAAACCCACAGCCUAAAACCACUUUCCUCCUCAAAACCCAAAACCCAAUGUCCAACCAGAUUUUUCAUACAUUUCUUACCUUCUUCCUCUAGAAAAGUCACUACCUUUAUCACUCCUUCAACACCUAAACAAUACUAAAACCCACCCAUAGUUUCCUAAAGCCACACUAACCCAGAGCUUUGAUCACUCUCUAUAUAUACCUUACCACCUUCAAAACCUCCCUAAAAACGCAGAAACCAUAAAUCAGCAGCACUCAUUUCUUUGGUUAACACUUUUAUACAUGGAACCCUCUACACUCAUCGGUGCAACGCCUCGGCCCACCUCGGCUCUACUUCCGGUGGUCCCCGCCGCCGCCUGCAGCGGCACGCUGGGCGACCACCUGGCUCGGCGGCUGGUCGGGAUCGGCGUUCAUGACGUGUUCUCCGUCCCCGGCGACUUCAACUUGACCCUCUUGGACCACCUGGUCGCCGAGCCGGGGCUCAACCUCAUCGGCUGCUGCAACGAGCUCAACGCCGGCUACGCCGCCGACGGCUACGCGCGCGCCAGGGGCGUCGGCGCGUGUGUCGUCACUUUCACGGUGGGUGGGCUCAGCGUCUUGAACGCCAUCGCCGGUGCUUACAGUGAGAACUUGCCGGUGAUUUGUAUCGUCGGUGGGCCCAACUCCAAUGAUUACGGGACCAAUCGGAUCCUCCACCACACGAUCGGGUUGCCCGAUUUCUCUCAGGAGCUCCGGUGCUUCCAAGCUGUUACUUGUCACCAGGCAGUGGUGAGUAAUUUGGAAGAUGGGCACGAGCUUAUAGACACGGCAAUUUCGACAGCAUUGAAGGAGAGCAAGCCGGUUUACAUUAGCAUAAGUUGUAAUUUGCCUGCAAUUCCUCACCCCACAUUUGGUAGAGACCCUGUCCCUUUCUUUCUUGCGCCGAAAGAAAGCAAUCAAUUAGGGUUGGAGGCAGCUGUUGAAGCAACUGCUGCAUUCCUGAACAAGGCAGUGAAGCCUGUGCUUGUGGGUGGGCCCAAGCUAAGAGUAGCAAAGGCCCAGAAGGCCUUUGUGGAGCUUGCAGAUGCUAGUGGGUACCCGAUAGCGGUUAUGCCCUCCGGUAAGGGUUUGGUGCCGGAGCACCACCCACAUUUCAUUGGGACUUAUUGGGGUGCUGUGAGUACUAGUUUCUGUGGAGAGAUUGUGGAGUCUGCAGAUGCUUAUGUUUUUGUUGGCCCAAUUUUUAAUGAUUAUAGCUCUGUUGGGUACUCCUUGCUGAUCAAGAAGGAAAAGGCAAUCAUUGUGGAGCCUAAUCGCGUGACCAUUGGGAAUGGUCCAUCAUUUGGCUGGGUUUUCAUGGGUGAUUUCUUGACUGCAUUGGCCAAGAAGCUGAAGAAAAACAGUACCGGUAUGGAGAAUUACCGCAGAAUUUUUGUUCCCCCUGGAAUCCCUCUGAAAGCUCAGAAAGAUGAACCUCUUAGAGUAAAUGUUCUGUUUAAGCACAUUCAGGAGAUUGUCACCCCAAACACUGCCAUUAUCGCCGAAACUGGUGACUCAUGGUUCAAUUGUCAGAAGCUCCGCCUCCCUGAGAAUUGUGGGUACGAAUUCCAGAUGCAAUAUGGAUCUAUUGGAUGGUCUGUGGGUGCUACUCUCGGCUAUGCUCAGGGUGCCAAAGAUAAACGUGUAAUUGCUUGCAUAGGUGAUGGGAGUUUCCAGGUAACUGCCCAGGACAUUUCAACAAUGAUCCGAUGUGGACAAAAUACCAUCAUAUUUCUUAUCAACAAUGGAGGCUAUACAAUUGAAGUAGAGAUUCAUGAUGGCCCAUACAAUGUCAUUAAGAACUGGGAUUAUACUGGUCUUGUUGAUGCAAUCCACAAUGGUGAAGGCAAAUGCUGGACUACCAAGGUACGUACAGAGGAGGACUUAACUGAAGCAAUUGCAAAAGCAACAGGGGAGCACAAGGAUAGUUUAUGCUUCAUCGAAGUUUUUGUGCACAAAGAUGACACUAGCAAAGAGCUUCUGGAAUGGGGAUCCCGAGUUUCAGCUGCUAACAGCCGACCUCCAAAUCCUCAGUAGUGGAUCGGAGCUGAAAGAAUCAAAGUUGGAAGAUCCGAAUUUUGAAGCUGAGAAGAUGUAAUGUACAACAAACUAGUAAAUAGAAAUAAGAGAAAUGCAGACAGGAUAGCAGGGUUAGCAUCGAUCUUGUUAAUAAAUUCCAAUCUCCUCUGUUGUGACAGUGAUUUUUCUUGCUGUAUAUUUAUAACCCUUCAAACGCUACCUGUCUUACUUUUCAUGUAAAGCAAGUAAUAUCUGGGAUAAGAUAGAGCUCUUUUACAGGUUUGUUCAAAUGUAUUCUGCAAGAGCGAAAUUUUCCAUAUAAUGGUUGCUUCUGUUGGACUGUUUCUUC